AUGGCGUCUAACGAUAAAUGCCCCGACUUGGAGCCAGGCAUCACCGUGCUCUGUGUUUUCACGGGAAUCAAUUUGGGACUCUUCUUAUUCCAAACCUACAUCUAUGUGUUUUGGGCCUACCGGUUCUUCAAGAUGCAAGAAAACAUUUCAAAUGAAGAAGAGCUUAGUGACCGCUCUCACAAAGCCCCCAUGGAGCCGGUUCAAGCUAUUGUCCUUGAAAACGAAUCGUUAAGGAAUUUCUGCGCGGCUCUUGAAUUGGCCCCCGUGGGGACGCAUAGGGCAAAAGCUCCAAUGGAAGUCCUCACGAUCCAGACAACCCUUUGUGACCGUGGUGGGAGGCGAUGGGAAGCGUUGAUGAUUGUACCGCCGCUUAAUGAGAUUAUUGGUGUUCAUCUGCGAAGAGAUGGGACGGUUGAUCUUUGGCCAAACCGCGUGCACGGGAAUCACGUGGCUACUCUUACAAUCCCAGAGUGA